UUGCCUGCGAUUCAAUCAAAUAUAUCUGGCAUUUUAAUUGAAAAGGAUCAAAAUCAAAGAAACUCACAAUCAAUAUCUGGAUGUAGUGAUCCUAUUAUGGUUGAACCUUUUUGUAUGCCUACCAAUAAAAACCACCUUGGAGAGAUUUCAAAAAGGAGUGGCAUAGAUUUAGCCCCUAGCACAUCUGCUACGCUAGAUUUAGUCACUGGUAUAUCCACUGCACCAGAUUUGGCUGCUAGCACCUCUGAUUUAGAAAAAUUAUUAAAACUACAGGAUCGUGAAGUUUUGCACAUUUGA